CUUCUGACAAAACUGAAUUUUGAUAUCCGAGUCGUGGAGAAGAAGAAGAAGCAUUUGCAAAACAAGAACUCACUCUUUCUCUCUCACCCUUCCAAAUUCCACUUCCUACCAUGCACAAAGGCAAGUUCAAGCUUCCACCUCCAGACAAGCCUGGAAGGUUCAUAUUUCCUGAUAGCCUUGGAAGCUUGGUGAUGAUCACUGGAUUGGAUGAAAAGGGAAAUGAAGUCGAGAGUUCGGAAUUUGAAGUUGAGUCCGGUGAAGAGCUGGAAUCGAUUAAACCUGGCGCGUUAGGGUUUCACAAAGAGAGUGAUGGUGGUGAUGAAGCUAUGGAUGAGGAAAAAGAUGAGAGUGAUCAAAGAAUUAGGAAGAAGAUGAAUAAAGAGGUUGUUGCAACUUCGGUUUCGCUGUUGAAAUCUAUUUCGUUGGAUGAGAAAAGAUCGGAUUUAGAAUAUGAGCUUUCUCGAAAGGAGAUUAAUUUGGAAAAGUUGCGAAGAAUUGCCAGCACUGGGAUUCCUGAUGGAGGAGGUUUGCGUGCUACGGCUUGGAAGCUACUCUUGGGCUACUUACCUUUAUGUCAUGAACUAUGGGAGACUCAAUUAAAAGAUAAUAGGCUAAAGUAUGUUAAUAUGAAAAAGGAGCUUCUCUCGAAUCCGUCAGAGCACAUUUGGAAGGAACCCAAGCAUUUAAGUUCGACUAAGCGGCAUGACAACAAUGCUAUUGAUGGCCCCCUCAGGCGACAUGAAAUUCCCGUGGAAGAUCACCCUUUGAGCCUCGAUAAGGAAAGUCUUUGGAGACAAUAUUUUCAGCAUACAGAGAUAGCAGAACAGAUAGAUCGAGAUUUGCAGCGCACACAUCCAGACAUGCCAUUCUUUUCAGCGGAGACAUCAUUUAGUCGAAAAAAUAGGGAAGCAAUGAAGAAUAUUCUUCUCCUUUUUGCGAAGUUAAAUCCUGCAAUUUGUUAUGUGCAAGGCAUGAACGAGGUCUUGGCGCCUAUAUACUACGUAUUUAGUGCCGAUAAUGACAAUCAAAAUGCUGCUAAUGCAGAAGCAGAUAGUUUUUCUUGUUUUGUUCGAAUCUUAGGCGACUCUGUGGAUCAUUUCUGUCAACAAUUGGACAACAGUUCAAGUGGCAUCCUUGCUACUCUUUCUCGUUUGUCGGAUCUACUUAAAGUAAAUGAUGAGCAAUUAUGGCAUCAUCUUGAAUUUACAACAAAGGUUAAACCACAAUUCUAUGCAUUCCGGUGGAUUACACUGCUACUCACUCAAGAGUUCAAAUUUGAAUCUAUUUUGAGAAUAUGGGAUACUCUUCUGAGUAAUACUUUUGGUGUUCAGGAUAUGCUUCUUCGGUUCUGUUGUGCAAUGCUACUUUGCAUGAAAAGCAGACUACUAAGUGGUGAUUUUGUGGCUAAUAUAAAGCUUUUACAACACUAUCCUGAUGAUGUUAACUUAGAAUACCUCCUUCAGGUAGCUCAGGACAUUAGUCCAGACACGUCCUCUUAUAUAAUGUCGCUUUGAUUUAUGACAAUGGACAUUUUUCAAAUGAUUUAGUUAAAGUUUAUUUGAAAAAGGGAACAUUCUAUACCUAACAUAGCACUAGGCACGGCCAUUGUAGAUAUUUAGAAUGGAGUUCAUGCCAUUUUGGUCCUUUUGGUUUGUUUGCAUGAGUUUUCAAGCUUUCAAUCUAAGAUUCAUAUGCAAACAUCGGUGAAGGACUAUAGAUUUGACGAGUGAGAACUCAUAGGGAAAUAAAAUCAUAAGUUUGAAACUUAUUUAAGACUAUUAAUUGCACAUGCAAGUUUCAAA